GCAGCCCUGAUUUCAGGUGCUAUAAAAUAACAUUUACUUCACUGAUGCUUCAUGGAGCCCUAGUAGUGUGGAAUUUUUUUUGUUAAAAGGUGUUGGAUGAGAAAAGAACUCUCAGCUACAAUCACAUAUGGUAAAUCCUGGGUCAUUAUGGGAAUUUUUAGAACCUUUUAAAUAAUUUGUUUUAAGUUUAUUUGUGGGAGAAAAAGAGAGAGAGGGAGGGAUGGGGAGGGGCAAAGAGAGGGAGAGAGAGAAUCCCAAGCAGAUCCCAUGCUGUCAGUGCAGAGCCCAAUGUGGGGCUUGAAGUCAUGAACCAUGAGAUCAUGACCUGAGCUGAAACCAAGAGUUGGACACUUAACCGACUGAGCCACCCAGGCACCCCUAGAAUCUUUUAAAUCUUCAGGAUUGAGUCAUAGUAUUUAGUAUUUCUCAAAGUUUUGUCACUGUGAAGCUAUCCUCCUGCCACCCCUUACUUGAGUAUUUAGGGUCAUGGGAAUAAAUGUUGAAUGAAUGCUGAGAGUCUUUGGUAAUCAGUUUUGUUUGUAGACCAUGUGUUCUGGUUUUGGGUUUGGGGAAAAUACCACUCUAUAGAAAACAAAAAAUUCUGCCUAAUGUUAUAAUUGCUUUUGUUUUUAAAAUCUAUACAUUUAAAAAUCUAUACAUGUAUAGGUCAGUGUAUAUAAACAAAAAAACUAGAAGGAUGUAUACCAAAAUGUUAACUAUAAUUAUCCCCAGGCAGGGAUGUGGUUAGGGAAAGAGAUUAUAAGUGAUUUUCUCUUCCUUUUCGUUUGGCUGUAUUUUCUGCAAUCAGUAUAUGUAACGCUUGUCAUAUAUAGCUCUAGUCAUAUGACAUUUGAUUAUUAUAUUUUUUUAAAUGUCACUUUCCAUGCAUUAUCUUAUUUGCCUCUCAAGCAACUCAGUGAUAAUAGAUUCUGUUAUCCCCAUUUUAUGGAUGAGGAGACUUUACACAGCUCUUUAGCAGACCCACGUCUCUUGAUGUCAUUACCCAUGCUGCCUCUUUGGUAUGAGAGAAUGGCAGCACACGCUGUCCUCAGAAGGGCUGUGGUGCCUCCUCACCCAACCCCCUCGGUUUAUAGUUCAAGGUUGAGACCCUGAAAGCGAAAAGGACUUGAAUGAGACAUGUGGUUUUUGAACAAGGACAAGUCCCCCAAACUAUCAUUUUCUGGAGCAGGGCUGGGAGAGGGAAUCAAGCCACUGUUUACCAGAAGCCUUGACUUUAUCUGUUAUACUGAGCCCAGAAGGGUGAGGGGAAAAAUGUACUGAUGUGCAAUGGAGAAUACAGUGUGUGUGUGUUUUUUAAGGUCACUUUGAUAAAUGGUUUAUGUUGCCAAGAUCACAUUGCUUUAGAAUUUUUUUUUCUUUUCAUAGUACACCUCAUUUAACUGUGUCUUUUUUAAAUGCAUUUUUUUCUUUUCCUCAUCUAUUUUUCCUGUGAAUCUUAUUCACAUAUCCAUUUAUGUAGAGCUACUGUGGUGAUUAUGAUGUUUGGGGUUUUGCGGGUUCAUCUGAGUAGUGUUCCUGUUAUUGCCCCAUGCCCAAUACUUAGUUACAUGGAUGAAUGAAUUGUGGGAGUGUUAUUUGGGGGAAAGUCAGGGUCCAGCUCCUCAAAGAGACCUGGGAUCAGAGGACACUGUGAAGAGUUGUGCUUGUGUGAUCCGGAAUCAGUGUGUGGCCCUAUCAAUGUGGCUGUGCUGCUUCGAGAGGAGGGAGAUUCUAGAAUAUUGCAGCUCACAGGCAUUGAGGGGUUCCAUUCAGCUGAGCCUCCAGCCAUUAGGACAGGUCCAGCAGUGCUGUCUACCACAGGGCAGGGGACAGCAGCAUCCUACUUCAAGAGGAGCCAGGCUUUGGAGUCAGAUGGAUCAGGGUAUGAAUCCUGGUCCUAAGACCCACUAGUUGUGUGACUUCAGGAUAACCUCUCUAUGCCUCUGUUCCCUCCUCUGUAAGCUGGGGAUGAUAAUAAAAACACCUCAUAGGAUUGUUGUGGGGAUUAAAUGAGUACGUACACAUGGAAGAGUACCUGGCACAUCAUAAGUACAAAUAAGUGUCAACGACUAUUAUCAUUAACAGUGAUACAACAUAAAAUCCCAAGAAUAAGGACGCCUGGGUGGCUCAGUCGGUUAAGCGUCUGACUUCGGCUCAGGUCACGAUCUCAUGGUUUGUGAGUUCGAGCCCCGCAUUGGGCUCCGCAUUGACAGUGCAGAGCCUGCUUGGGAUUCUCUCUCUCCCUCUUUCUCUGCCCUUCCCCCCUGUCUCCUGCUCUCUCUCUUUAGAUAAAAAAUCUAAAAAAAAAAAAAAAAAAUCCCUGGAAUAGUCAGUAGCAUACCUUUUGACAUGUUUGCUCCCCAGAGUAGGUGUGACUUUUGUUGUCAAUUUAGGGCUGUGUGUCACUAACUGAUUUUGAAUGGGUUUCCCUCUCCUGGAAUGCUUUCUUAUCCCAGGGUGAUUGGCAAUGCCUGAGCUGUUGCCUUACUUACCAGUCAGAAGGGCUUCCUCAGACAUAGUUUUCAGAGAAUCCUGUGAUCUUUUCAGUCAGCAAUGUGUUUUCUAUUAGAGACAGCACGGUGAUCACAGCAGGUAACCCAUAGUAUACAGUCCAGCCUUAGCCACAGACAGCCCUGUGUUUUUAAAAAGACCAAACACUUUUUCCCCAGAGCUUUAUUUAAAAACAACAACAACAACAACAACAACAACAUUCAACAAAGCAUUAAAUUGACUUCUUAUAGAAAGGAGAAGCGCCUUACUUUAUCUUCUGUGACUGUCUCCAGGUGCUGGCCACAUGAGAUUUGACUGUCAGCAUUGACUCUGACCAAGUAAUUCUUCCCCUUCUUUCCCUGAAGGUGCAGAAUUUGGACGCUGCAAACCUCUUAGGAGCCCUGUUUCUUGGGCCUUUAAAUUUGGACAUUCUCUGAAUUCUCUGCCUUAUGUCUUUGGCCUCUGCCAAAGAUGGAGGAGUAAAUGUGUGGCAAACAAUCCAAGCACAGAAGGAUGCUGUCUGGUCCUGUGCUCCCUGUUCACUGGCUUACGAAAGCAGUGAGUUGUGGUCCGUGUGGGACCCAGAGAGCCCCACGUCCUCCUGCUGUCUUUGUCCCAAUCUCUGAGUUUUUUUUCUUCUCACUAUUAAAGCUUUAUUGAAUUUUAAUGAACAUACUGCAUCCCUGAAUUUUUAUCUGGAGUCUGUCCUUGAUUCUUAAUUAAACUACUACAGUGUGGUGGCAAGAGUUUGGGAUGUGAAGCCAGAGGGAAGAGAAAAAGGAAAGCACAUUUUAUUGAGUGCUUGCCCCUUAUCAUUCAAUUCAUCAGAUCUUUCUUAAGCUUUUGCCACAAGCCAGGCAUUGGGAAAGGCACUGUAGGUAAUGUGUUAAAGAUGACCAUGGGGGACUGGACCCAGCCUACCUGGGUUUGAAUUUCAGCUCCACCAGUUAGGUGGGACCUUAACAACUUCUUAUUUAACUUCUCUUGUGCCUCAGUAUCCCCAUCUGUCAAGUUAGGAUGCUAAUAGUGUCCACCUGUUAGGAGUGCUUUGACGAGUAAAUGAGUUAGUAGUAUAGAAUGAGACGAUGAUGAUGAUGAUGGUGAUGGCAGCAAGGAUGACAGUGACCUUGAUGGGGAGGGGUUAGGAUUGGGACUCAACCAGAUAGACACAUCAUUUCUUUCAUGUUGCUUAUAGUCAUGUGUGUGCAUGUGUGUGUAUAGGGUGGAGGUGCUGAGGGAUGCACUUGGAGCCUAAGACAGAUAUAAAUAAAUCAAUACAAUGAAGCUUGGUGAGUAUGACUCUAGGACAGGGAAGGGUAUCAUGCGAGCGUCCAGCAGGGGGUCAGCCUCCUAACAGGUCAGAGAAGCAUACUAGACAGUGACUUUUCAGUGAAAUUGAAAGGAGAAAUAAAAGUUAGCUGGGCUGGGGGUGGUGAGGGGAGGUGUGUUCUAUGUUCUUGGCAGAGGAACAGUAUACGUGAAAGUCUGAAGAGGAAAGCAGCUCCACGUGUCUAAGGAACUGAAGAAAUCCAGUGAGCCUAGAGCUCGGAAUGUGAGCAGAGUGGUGAGAAGUCAGUUGGCAAUGAAGGCAGAAGCCAGACCAUGGAAAACAGUUGUUAUAUUGAGGAGUUUGGAUGACUAGAGCCAAAUACUAUCCUCAGGGAUUUCCAUGAAUUCCUUCAAGCAUUACAACUCUGUGAUAUAGGUGUUAUUAGCCCCAUUUUGUUAAUGGGGAAGUUGAGGCUCCAAAAAAUUUUCACUUAUCCAGAGGCAUAGACUUAGAAGAUAGUAGAGCCAGGAUCUGAACCUAGUUCUCUCUGGCUCCAAAGCUAGAGUUCUUUUGAUGGCAACCUAUGCCUUCUGAACUUGAACUCUGGCUAUUAGCUUUAUGACUUCAGACUACCCUCAGUUUACUCACCUGUAAAAUAGGUAACAUUAAUAAAUGCCAGCCUCAGAGACUUGUAAAGACAAAUGAAAAUACAUCUAAAAUGCCAAGAAUAGUGCCUGGCAUAUUAGCGAAUUCCACAACGGGGGACCCUUGACAGAGAAGCGUUUUUCCUUCACAGGCCCGGUGAACUGAGAGAAAACCCCAUGAGCUGCCAUAUGCAUGUUGGCCUGGUUGUCAGUCAUCUUUCCAAGGAUGAGUUAAGACCCACAUAGAAAUCAUCUCUGCACAUAGGGAAUCUCCUCCCCCUAGCUACUUGACAAGUCUCAGUGGAGUGGCCUCUCUUUCGACCCUGCAGCCCCGUAGCCAUUUGAGCUUCAGCUCUGCUGGUAGGCAUGAUCCUGAGGCUUCCUUCAGCUCUCCCAAGCACCCUUCCCCUCAUGGGCUCAAUGGGUGUCCUUUUCCUCUUCCUCCAGAGUCCACCAGGCCUGCUCUUCCUGCACCUUAUGAAAUGAGCUUCACUGCUGGUUUGAAAUAUAUUUGACUUUGUGGUUGUUGUUUGACUUUUCUCACCCUAGUCUCCACGGCAGAGCCUGUCUCAUCUCUGUUUCCUACCAUGGUUAGCCCAGUGCUAUAGUAGGUACCCAAUAGAUUAUAAUGGUUUUCACCAGGAUAGAGCUUUGUGGAUACCAAGACUCUUCUGUACAGUUAAAAAAAAAAAAUCUUUACAACUGUCCUCUGAAGUAGACACAGCAUGUAGUAUUCUUUUCAGCACAGUUGGAGAAAUUAAGGCCUACACUCAAGCAUUAGGCCUACUAAUUAACUUUUUAAUUCUACAGAGUAGACAUUUACUAAAUAUAACUGUCCCAUGCAUGGGCUAGGAAAUAGAGCCAAAAGAUAUAAUCCCUUCCCUCAAGGAUGAAGCAGACACUUAGUUUUAGGACAGAGGGAUGAUGAAAGUGUUUCAAUUUAUUUGGAGGAGAGCAGCAAAAAAUUCAGAGAGAAAGAGAUGCUUGCAUUGGGCUUUACAGGAUUGACUUGGUGGCACAGAAAGGGCAGGAGGGAGGGGAUUCCGGGCAGAGGGAGUGACACAUGCCACAGCCCAUAGGAAUGAGGAGCCAGGCACCUUGGAAGGUACUGCGGUGUCAGCCUGGCUGGCAGGAGGCUCUGCGGUGGUGGCAGGGGAAGAUGGCGAUAACUCCCUCGGUUAAGACUCCAAGACAUCCAGGACUUACCAGGGACUGAGAGGUUUGUUCCUAGUUCCUUCCCUUCAUUCAGUGUCCCAGUCACUUGGCAUUCUUCCCAGAGGCACAUACCACAUGUGCAUAAACCACCUAGAAGCUUUGGAUGGGCUCUCUUUUGUCCCUGCUUCCUUGCACUCCCAGCUCAUCUGCACAUGGGUUUGUAAUCUACUUUCCAUGCUGAAAGAAAACAGAUCUUGCUACAUGAGUGACCUGUGACCUGACGACUUAGCAGAAUAAAGGUUACCAGGUGAAAGGCCAUUGGUAUCAUUUCCGCUCUGUGGCAUGAGGUAACCGCGAAGGAAUAAAGUUCAUCUGUGACCAGACACCUGUGUUCCUGUCUCACUGGCAAGAUCACCGUUAAACUGAAGAGCAUUAAAUUGCUCUUCGAAUGAGUCAGAUCCCUUGUUCCCGAGGAGACGAGCCUGGCGCAGCUUGAGCUCUGUGGGCAAGUCUGACCAGGCCCCAUCUCACUCUUGCCUGUGUUUGCCUUGCAGCUGUGUAAAUGAGUAUGGAAGAUUAUGAUUUCCUGUUUAAAAUUGUUUUAAUUGGCAAUGCUGGUGUGGGGAAGACGUGCCUAGUCCGACGAUUCACUCAGGGUCUUUUCCCUCCAGGGCAAGGAGCCACGAUUGGAGUCGAUUUUAUGAUUAAGACAGUGGAGAUUAAUGGUGAAAAAGUAAAGCUUCAGAUCUGGGACACAGCAGGUCAAGAGAGAUUUCGGUCCAUUACCCAGAGUUACUACCGAAGCGCCAAUGCCUUGAUCCUCACCUAUGACAUAACCUGUGAGGAAUCCUUCCGUUGCCUUCCUGAGUGGCUGCGGGAGAUAGAACAAUAUGCUAGCAACAAGGUCAUCACUGUGCUAGUGGGCAAUAAGAUUGAUCUGGCUGAAAGGAGAGAGGUCUCCCAGCAGAGAGCUGAAGAAUUCUCAGAAGCUCAGGACAUGUAUUACCUGGAGACCUCGGCCAAGGAAUCAGAUAACGUGGAGAAACUAUUCCUUGACUUAGCGUGCCGCCUCAUCAGUGAAGCCAGGCAGAACACGCUUGUAAACAAUGUAUCCUCGCCCUUGCCUGGAGAAGGGAAAAGCAUCAGCUAUUUGACUUGUUGUAAUUUCAACUGAAGGCCGAUGCAAGGAGAAGCGAAAGGAAUCAGCAGCUGCCCUGAUGGGCCCUGAAUUGCUGGGCAGAUCUGGUGAUGACUGUGGCUCCCGCUCUUAGACCCUCUGACUCCUGUGGGAUCCAGGGCUUACACAGCAUGGCAGGCCAAAGGCUUUGUCCGCAGGCCAGCAUUAGCAGAACAUACAAUGGUUUCACCCUUUCGCAGUCAGGAGUUGGAGCAAGGAGAAAAUUGCGCUAGACGCUCCAUGAUCUGCAGAGCAUGUUGCUUUUGUUCUUUUCAAAAAGCAAGUAAAAGCGCAUUCCUGAACACAGUCCAGGGGGAAAUGUACUGUAGGGACCCCUCCUGCACGUCAGUGGGUGCAUGUGGGGGCUGUUCUUUAGGGCUUCUGGGGGCCCUGGUUUUCUUGUCUACCAGAUAAACCAAAACUGGGAAGGCCAAGUACUGUCUUUGUGGUGCGUGUUGAUGACUCCACGGAGACUUUGAAAAGUGUUAUUUCUCUUGUCCACAGGCACUUUCAAGAACUUUGGGAUGUAAAAAUGAAACCUUUACCCCAUGACCAACAGUAACAAUCAUUGGUUUAAUAAUAUAUACAAGCCCCAUGACUCCUUCUGGUGCUAAUGAUUCUGCUCUUUCACAGACCAAACAUUUUAGUACAUUGAUGUCCUUAAAUGUAUUAUAUUGAAAUAAAAAAAUAAUAAUAAUAAGGGAAGUCCAUGAAUCAGCACUCUUUCUCAAAGUCUCCUUACUACCUUUUCUAGGGUAGAUUUGUUGGAAAAUAAAAUACUAUUCCUUUCAUGUUCUUUCCCCUCGAAAUCUCUACCAUUUUAUUCUUCUCUUCUCCCAUCUUUCCUGCCCUUUAAGUAAAUGAAAACACUAGAAAAAUGAAAAAAAAAAUGGUUGAUGAUAUUCUAAUAAAAAAGACUAUCUCUAAGACAUUAUGAGUAGUAUGAGAAAACAGACCAGAUCUGACCAAAAUACUGUGGAUUAAUGGACUGCAAUGCAGAGUUCUAAGCAGAGCACAGUCCUUGAUAGCAGGUGACAUCUUUUACUUCCUGGUACUAUCCAUCUUGGACAGACCAAGGCUUAGAAUUUUGUACAUGUUUUUAGUAUGAUAAGUGACAAUAGCAACAGAUGAAAAGUCUCAUGAACCAUUUUUGUAUUGUCAAGAACCUUCGACAGAUUCUGCUUGUGGAAGCAGGUGGAGCUGUCUUUUGUCACCUCCUUCACGUAGUGAUGUUACUCUCAGACUCACGACCAUACGUUCUAUCUUAUUUCCUUUCCUCUGCCUUUCUUUCCUGGUCUUCUCCUCCUUUCCUCUUUUCCUCUCUCCCUUCAUAUGCAUGUGUUACUGCAAAUCUCCAAUUCAAAUGGAGGUGUAUAUGCCUUUACUUAGCCAAUUUUAAAACAAGACUCAAAAUGGAAGAUGUGCUGCUGAAUAUGUGUUACUAAUUUCUUUAGUGCCAUACUUUGAUGCCUUCCAAUUUGUUCACCGAUAUAAAUGCAAAUUGGGGAAAUCAUUAAACCUGUAUGCUGUUGAUGCUGUCAGAUGUUUCUGUAGCUUGCUGCUUAGCAUCACUGAGGGCUGAGGAAUGGGAUAAGGAUAUGAUAUGCAAUUCUGCUGUUGUUGUCGAUGGUGGCAAUCUCGGUCCUGAUAUGUUGAUAUUUGAAAGCUAUUUAAUUUUAAAGAAAUGAGACACGUGGAGACAUGAUGUUGAUAAAGCAUUUCCAGCAUUUCUCCAGCAGAUUUCAGAGUGACUCAUCUUUUGUAUAGAGAUUAUAUACAUUGUUUAAGGGGUUGAUACCUUUGGUUGGCCUCACUGUGUUUGUCCUGGUCCUCUGCAUGACAGAAGGAGAUCUCAGAAGUUUAAAUUGCUUUUAUUUUGAAUCUGUGUCUACAGGAAAGAAAAAUCAUCUUAAUAAACACCAACCAAAAUCAGUGAUAA